ACAAGAAAACAAGGUAUUAAAGUACAGAAACAAAACUAAAGCCAACCCCGUGGCUUACGCCGGCUUUUCUUGUCUUGUUCCUGCGAAGAAGGGAGUAGACUAGAGUUCUUCUUCUUCUUCAGCUUGCUCUCCCCACUUCUUCUAGAUCCAUCCAACAAUCAAUCCCAUCCCAUCUCUUCUUCAAAUCUGUAAAAUCAUUCAAAAGUCAACAAUGGUAGUAGUAGCAGCAGCCUGGUUUCUCUUUGUUGGUGGCUUAGCAGCAACAUUUUCAGCUGAAGCUCUCUCUUUUAAUGACUCAACUAGUGGUACUCUCUUAAGUUUCAAGAAUUCAGUUCUCGGGGACCCUUCAAAUCUUCUCUCCUCCUGGAACCUGACUACCAAUCCUGAUUACUGCACCUGGUAUGGUGUCACCUGUCAAAAACCUUCUAACACUACUACAGAAGUAGUAGUUAUAGCUUUGAACUUCUCUGGCACUUCCACUACUCGCCUUUCUGGAACUCUGCCGGAGUCCAUCCAAAACUUGCCCUACCUGCGAACUCUUGUCCUUUCUCACAACUGUUUUUCCGGUGAGAUCCCAGCUGGUAGUAUCGCCAAGCUGAGCUUCUUGGAGGUUUUGGAGCUUCAAGGGAACAAUUUUUCGGGCAAGAUUCCUCAACAGAUAAGCACUGACCUUCACUCUCUUCGCUUCCUUAAUUUGUCUUUUAAUUCUUUCACUGGUGAUAUCCCUGCUACUUUGAUUGGUUUUGGAAAGUUGAGAGUUAUUGAUUUGUCGAAUAAUAGGCUGACUGGUGGAAUGCAACUUGUUAGUUUAAGUAAGUGCUUGUUUUUAAGGCACUUGAAGCUUUCUAAUAAUCUCUUGGAAAAUAAUAUUCCAAAGGAUAUUGGUCAUUGCAAGAACUUGAGGACUUUGUUGCUUGAUGGGAACAUUCUACAAGGUCCCAUUCCAGCAGAGAUAGGUCAGAUUCCGGAACUUCGUGUUCUUGAUGUUUCUACUAACAGUUUGACUCAGACCAUCCCCAAGGAGUUGGGUUAUUGCAGGAAACUGUCUGUUCUUGUAUUGACUAAUUCAAGUAAUUUUGUUGGUGAUAAUGGGGGGACUGGUGGUAACUUGGAUGGUUUUAGAUUAGAAUUCAAUGCUUUUGAAGGGGGUGUUCCUCAGGAGGUGUUGAUGCUUCCGAGUUUGCAGAUUUUGUGGGCGCCUAGGGCCAAUCUUGAUGGGCGGUUGCCUGACAAUUGGAGUGACUCGUGCUCGCUGAGAGUUUUGCAUUUGGGGCAGAAUUCUCUCAGAGGUGUUGUGCCAAAGGGGCUGGUGAUGUGCAAGAACCUUACUUUCUUGGAUCUGAGUUCUAAUUAUUUGACUGGUGACCUGCCAAUGCAGCUGCAAGUUCCUUGCAUGAUGUAUUUCAAUGUUAGUCAGAAUAACAUAUCCGGUGCUGUUCCAACUUUUGGAAAAGGCAGUUGUGAUACUAGCAUAAUCUCUUAUGGUCAAGAUCCUAAUUUUUUUUAUGUGGAGGAUAUACAGAUUGCAUACGCUAACAUUCCUGUUUGGGGUUCCCAUACCCUUUUGGGGUCCAUGGCCGGUGCAGACUUCGUGAUUGUCCAUGAUUUCAGUUGGAAUCAUUUUGUCGGUUCAUUGCCUUCGUUCUCGGUGGGAGAAGAAUUCUUGGUGAGUAAAAAUAGAACUUCAUACAGAUUGUUACUGAGUAGUAACGGGUUUACCGGGUCUCUUCCUGGUAAACUAGUUUCAAACUGUAAUGAUCUGCUGAGUUUCUCUGUUAACUUGAGUGCGAACCAUAUAUCAGGUGAGAUACCAGAUAUGCUUCUCAAUUGUCUACCAAUAAGGGAAUUUGAAGCAGCAGAUAAUGAGAUCAGUGGUUUUCUAGCUCCCAGUAUUGGCAACUUGAGAAUGCUUCGAUGUUUAGACUUGAGAAGAAACAGACUCUCUGGUUCUCUUCCUAAUGAGUUGGGAAAUUUGAGGUUUCUGAGAUCAGUUCUUCUUGGAAUGAACAAUUUAACAGGAGAAAUUCCAUCUGAAUUCGGUCAAUUGUCCUCUCUUACAGUUUUGGAUCUUUCUCAUAAUGCUGUAACAGGAUCUAUACCUAUGAGUUUGACGAGCGCUAAGAACCUGGAGAUUGUGUUACUCAAUAACAAUGAUCUUUCUGGGGCGAUACCUCCACCUUUCUCGAAUAUUUCCAGUCUCGUUGUCCUAAAUGUUUCUUUCAAUAACCUCUCUGGUCAUAUACCCCACCUUCAACACCCAAUUGAUUGUGAUUGGUUUAGAGGGAAUAUUUUUUUGGAUAAGUGCUUGGAUCAAUCCUCCAACACACCACCUGGAGAGGUUCAGCAGUCACAUGGAGAUAGAAAAUGGCGCAAUCACAGAAAGAAAUCCUUUUUGAUUGCAGUGGUGACUUCUGCUUCAGUUGUACUCUGUGUAUCAUUGGUUGUAGUUUUGUUCAGUUUUUAUGGCAAGAAAAAGUCUUGGAGACUCUCUAUCUUGAGGGGAAAAGUAGUUGUGACUUUUGCAGAUGCUCCGGCUGAAUUGACUUAUGAUAGUGUGGUCAGAGCUACUGGGAAUUUCAGUAUGAGAAACCUGAUAGGUACAGGUGGCUUUGGGUCAACUUACAAAGCUGAAUUGGUCCCAGGUUACUUCAUAGCCGUAAAGAGGCUCUCCAUUGGCAGAUUUCAAGGCAUUCAACAGUUUGAUGCAGAGAUCAGAACAUUGGGCAGAAUUCGACACAAGAACCUUGUGACUCUGAUUGGGUAUUAUGUGGCAGAGGCUGAAAUGUUCUUAAUUUACAACUAUCUUUCUGGUGGAAACCUUGAAACCUUCAUACAUGACAGGCCAGACACAAAUGUACAGUGGCCAGUGAUUCACAAGAUAGCUCUUGAUAUUGCACAAGCUCUAGCCUACCUCCACUACUCAUGCGCACCCCGCAUUCUUCAUCGUGACAUCAAGCCUAGUAACAUCCUGUUGGAUGAGGAGCUUAACGCCUAUCUGUCUGACUUUGGGUUGGCCAAACUUUUAGAAGUUUCUCAGACCCAUGCCACUACAGAUGUAGCAGGCACAUUUGGGUAUGUUGCACCAGAAUAUGCAACCACGUGCAGGGUAUCUGACAAGUCAGAUGUUUAUAGCUUUGGGGUUGUGUUGUUGGAAUUGAUGUCAGGGAAGAAGUCUCUUGAUCCAUCAUUUUCUGAGUAUGGUAACGGUUUCAAUAUUGUUGCUUGGGCCAAGUUGUUGAUCAAGGAGAGACGCUCCUCAGAGCUCUUUGCGCCAGAACUGUGGGAAGCAGGACCUAAUGAGAAUUUGUUGGGAAUGUUAAAGCUUGCUUCAAGCUGCACAGUAGACUCACUUUCAGUGCGCCCAUCCAUGAAGCAGGUCCUUGAAAAACUGAAACAACUAAAACCAUGAAGCUUGCUUCAAGAUGCACUGCAGACUCGGUUACAAUCAGUGUUGCCAUCGAUGAAGCAGGUUCUUGAGAAACUGGAAUAGAUAAAAUCCUGAAGCACAGUUGACUUACUUUCAGUGCUGCCAUCUCUGAAGUGGGACCUGGAGAAACUGUAACCGCAAUUCCUGAAAGGAUCUCAGGCUUCCAACACGGGAGGGAGAUGGGCAGACAGCCAGACAUAGCUGCUGCUUAUACCUGACAGGAUUAGGACAAAGUGCUAUACACCCUCAGAGGGGGUGAGAACCACCUAUAGAAUCCUAGACUGACUAGACUCCAUUAAGCCAACUCAGUAUUGUGCAUAGGUGCUUAUUUAUAUACCAUUCAAAUUCCUCACAACGCAUGUGGGAUAUGGGGCAUCACACAUAUCUUGAGGCAUGCAUCAAAGUCUCGGGAACUAAAAUCUAGGAUUAACCUCGUGUCAGAUUUUGGUUUGGGUUGUUUACAGGUGACGCUCCCUUGGAACUUUUGUUGCCUGGAUUAUGGUUCGACGAUCAUCUCCAGAAUUAAUGUUGGAAUUACUUCACAGCUUUUUGAGGUAGUAAAGCAGACGGAACCUUCAACUGUGACGCGAGGUACACAAAAGGGAGCAUUGUACAGAGUUCUUGUCCUUACAAAAUGGUCAUAGUAUGAAGGAAUGGAUUUUCUUUUUUUCAAUUGGUAUAAGUUAAUUGAUAGCAUGUGGUUGGUUAGUGCUCAACUAAAAUCAUUUCUUGUGAUGAAUUAUGCACGCAUAGCUCUGUGUGGUGGGUUUGCUGAAAUAUUUUCAUCCCCUUUGUUUAUAAUCAUUUAAUGAGAUCUGGAAAUUCAAGCA